CAACCUUUGAACCUUACGGCUUACAUACUAACUACAUAAUAAACUAACCUAGGUAGUUACCUAUUGACCUACACAAACCGAUAUCGUGUAAUACGUGUACAUAUACGUUUGAACCUCUCUAGCCGUCAACAAUAAUCCACGGCGACAGUCAAAUUACAAAUUACAAAUUACAAAUUACAAAUUACAAGCCACAUUCUAUAUUAUUGAAUUUCGUCUCCUAAGGCUUCGUGUUUGCCAAAGCUGGCUAUUCUACUUUAAUAGGCCCUCCAAGGGCCCGUGAGGCUUCACCAUGAGUUCUUUGAAGCAGUUUAUUCGCAAUGUGCGUGCCGCGAAGACCAUUGCCGACGAACGAGCGGUCAUCCAGAAGGAAAGUGCUGCUAUCCGGGCCAGCUUUCGCGAAGAGAGCGGAGACCACAAUGUGAGGCGCAACAAUGUAGCCAAACUUCUAUACCUGUUCACCCUGGGCGAGAGAACCCAUUUCGGCCAAAUAGAAUGCAUCAAAUUACUGGCAUCUCCACGGUUUGCCGAUAAACGACUUGGACACUUAGCUACCAGUUUGUUGCUAGACGAAAACCAGGAGGUGCUCACCCUAGUCACCAACUCGUUGAAAAAUGAUCUAGGCCAUUCGAAUCAGUAUGUCGUUGGACUUGCUCUUUGCACUCUGGGUAAUAUCGCCUCGAUCGAGAUGUCCCGAGACCUCUUCCCCGAAAUUGAAACGUUGGUUUCUACGGCCAACCCCUACAUUCGAAGAAAGGCUGCUUUGUGUGCUAUGCGCAUUUGCCGAAAGGUUCCAGACUUGCAGGAGCAUUUUGUCGAAAAGGCUGCCCAGCUUCUUUCCGACAGGAACCACGGCGUGCUUUUGUGUGGACUCACGCUAGUUACGAGCUUGUGCGAAGCUGAGGAGGAGGAUGGCGGCGACGAAGGAAUAAUCGACAAAUUUAAGCAAUUUGUACCGGUGCUAGUUAGGACACUGAAGGGUCUUGCUACGUCGGGCUAUGCCCCCGAACACGAUGUCACCGGGAUCACGGACCCGUUCCUACAAGUCAAGAUUCUGCGCUUGCUUCGAGUUCUCGUCCGUGGCGACGCCGAAGGGACAGAACAAAUCAACGAUAUCCUUGCUCAGGUUGCUACCAACACUGACUCUUCCAAGAAUGUUGGCAAUUCCAUCCUCUACGAAGCGGUCCGAACCAUUCUCGACAUAGAAGCCGACUCAGGACUCAGAGUUCUAGGCGUGAACAUUCUCGGAAAGUUCCUCUCUAAUCGAGACAAUAACAUCAGAUACGUUGCUCUUAACACGCUGAUCAAAGUUGUCGCGAUAGAACCGAACGCCGUUCAACGACAUCGCAAUACCAUCCUUGAAUGCCUACGUGAUCCUGAUAUCAGCAUUCGGAGGCGCGCUCUUGAUCUGAGUUUCACGCUCAUCAACGAAAGCAACGUGCGGGUGCUCAUUCGAGAACUGUUAGCAUUCCUCGAAGUGGCCGACAAUGAAUUCAAACCCAGCAUGACCAGUCAAAUUGGUAUCGCAGCUGACCGGUAUUCUCCUAAUAAACGGUGGCACAUCGACACUAUGCUCCGGGUUUUGACACUCGCUGGAAACUAUGUGAAAGAGCCCAUCAUGGCCUCGUUUGUCCGGCUUGUAGCCACUACACCAGAAUUUCAGACAUAUGCAGUCCAGAAGUUGUACGCGAAUUUAAAAAAGGACAUUACCCAAGAAAGUUUGACCCAAGCAGGUGCAUGGUGUAUUGGUGAAUAUGGGGAUUCCUUGCUUAGAGGUGGGCAAUACGAAGAGGAAGAGUUAGUUCAAGAAGUCAAAGAACACGAAGUCGUCGACCUUUUCAGCACCAUCCUCAAUAGCAACUAUGCCACGCAAAUAUCUACCGAAUACAUAGUUACAGCUCUUGUCAAAUUAAGUACGCGUUUCUCUGAUGCGUCCCAGGUGGAACGCAUCCAACGACUUUUGCAGUUUCACCAGACCAGUCUGGAUGUCGAGGUCCAGCAAAGAGCUGUCGAGUACGGUAACUUGUUCUCAUACGAUCAGAUACGUCGUGGCGUUCUCGAGAAGAUGCCGCCGCCGCAGAUUAAGGAGUCGUCUAGGGUUCUUGGCGAAGCUACCAAGAAGCCUAAGAAAGGGGCCAAUCGCAGGUCGAAACUUAUCGCCAAGCCAACAACCGAUCAGGAUUUACUCGAUCUGAUGGGAGAUGCAACCACGACGCCAUUGGCUUCACCUACGAAUGGAUCGCAAAGCAACACUGAUCUACUUGCCGACAUCCUCGGUGGCAGCGCAACUUCACCCUCGCCAGCCACAUCCCCCUCACUUCAACAAAACAGCACGACGUCGAUUAUGGAUCUCUUUUCCCAAAGUUCUUCUGCUCCAAGUUCAGCUCCUGGCAUAUCCAAUUUAGACGCUCUCUCCUCACUUGGGUCUCCUCCGCAGCAGACUACCGCAGUCCCACAGCCGAGUGGAAUUCCAUGUUAUGAUGCCAACGGCCUCAAUGUUACCCUUCAGCUGCAGCGAAAUGCCGAAGGUGCUGUCCAGGUCCUAGGCCGUUUCCGAAACACAUCUAGUGCACCACUCUCCAAUGUAGGGUUACAAGCAGCUGUGCCGAAGUCACAAAAGCUGCAAUUGAUGAGUAUUUCUAGCGCUGAUAUUGCACCUGGAGCUGAAGCAACGCAGAUGAUGAGAAUUUUGGGGAGUAAGGGAUCUCUCCGCUUGAUGUUGAGAAUUGGUUAUUCGCACCCGUCAGCAGGGCAAGUUAUGGACCAGGUGAAAUGGACAGAGCCGUCUUAGCUGACGAGAAGCGCGAAUUAAAGUCAACUUGGUCGCUCUCAGCCCCCUUUAUAUAUUCGUCCAUGAAAAACAGGCAGGGCUUUCGAUUAGUGUCAUCAUAUGCUCGAGAAGUCAACAAUGUCAGUAGGCAGAGGCAGGGCUCCCUGCGUCUCAUUGUAAUCUAUCCUCCAUCUAACAAGAUAGGCUGGCCUCGAGGCUAAAUGAGUAGGCAAUGAUCGCUUAUAAGAUGUCAGAAUAGUAGAAUAUUCUUACCUGCGACUCCAGU